ACCAGACUUUACAUUUACAUUAUUUGCUCACAACAUUGCUGACUGCUCACAGGCCUCGUAGCGCGACGGGCGUUUGUUAGACUGUUUUAGACGAGCGAUUUUGGCGAGCGGACGAGCGAAGAGUUAUUUGACAUUGGGAAGGAUCUCCGUAGUGUUUUCGUGUUUUGAUUUGUUUGUCAGGUUCGAUUGGGUGAAAUGAAUGAGACUAAUGAAUUACCACCGGGAACAGCAUCGUUGCUUGAAGAGCUCGAGAAAAAACUUAUGGUUUUAUUGAGAGACGGCAGAACGUUAAUCGGCUAUCUUAAAAGUGUCGAUCAAUUUGCUAAUAUAGUACUUCAGAGUACCAUUGAAAGAAUUCACGUCGGUCAAGAGUAUGGUGAUAUCCCGAGAGGUAUUUUCAUAGUGAGAGGGGAGAAUGUUGUGCUUUUAGGAGAAAUAGAUAUAGAGAAGGAAAAGGUGUUGCCGUUGAAAAAGGUGACGGUGGAUGAAAUUUUGGACGCACAGAGGCGCGAACAAGAGUCUAAGCAGGAGCAGAAAAAGCGAAUAAACAAAGCUCUGAAGGAGCGGGGUUUUACAUAUAUACCAGAUUUAAGUCACGACGAUAUGUACUGACGUACAAAGUGUACAUAUUCCUUUUUUUGUAUCAAUUUUAUCUAAUUAAUUUACAUUAAUUAAAUAUAACUGCUAAAUGAGA